GCUGCUUGGGGUGUCAUUAGGGUUAGACUCCCGGGUAGCUGCUUCUUCGGUGUCUCUUUACAAUAGCAGGAACUCACCUACCCUAGUGCUCUAGCUGCCCUCCAUCCUCCAGUUUCCCUUCAGCAAUCCGUCUGCUUUCACCAGUAGAAUAUUUACAGAAACGUAUCACUUCUCUCUGCGGUUCUGUUAAACCAACUGUCCUUCUCGAAUAGCCCAGACUGAUACCAAUUUCCCAGGGCCGCAGUAAGUUGUCGUCAUCAGGUUCACCACUCUCCCUCCCUGGACCGAAAGAAACAAAAUCGCGAUUAACUGGAUUCUUCGAAGAUGCCUGCCUUCAAAUCCACGCCGCGACAACACCCGUGGGCUGCGAAAUCAACUCAGUCCUUGGAUAACCUCUCUCCGCAAUGGCCAUUCUCGUGGUCCCGAUUCUCGUUUUUGUCUGCGUACUGGCCGUCCUGUCUGUCCGUGUCGCUCGUGUGGUCACGGGUUUGGUCUUGGUGGAUGCCCAGGGACCUUGAGUUCGGGCUGCUCUUGUGGCAGUACUGGAAAUCGGGUCAUGGUUGCGCCAGCGGAUUCAUUCCCGACAGGUCUGACGUUUUGCGGCGAGCCAAGCUGGGCAGAACAUCCUCUGGCCUGGCUGCGCUGUUCCUCUGGGGAUAUUGGUGGGGUAUGGGUGGAAUCGAGCUGGACGCGCCUGUGAUCAUCGACACGACUCGGGUCAAACCCUUGCCGAAACCAGGGACCGAUCUCAAGCCGACUCAGGCUCAGGCUCAAGCUCAAGCGCAACCCGCAGACAAUGGCAGCAAGGCCCAAGAAGGUCCCAAGAAGAAGUUCUGGAAUAGAAAGGGUCGCGUCAUGGACGGUAGAAGGAACGCUUCGGUCGAGAUCCAGUCAUGGCAGGAUACCAUGGUGUCUUCGCUGUCCCUCUCCCUUCUCCGUUUUCUACCAUCGUACCUAGUGCAAGAACUACAGAGGAUACGGUUCACAUUCAAGAAUCCAGAACAGGUGGAUGUGGGCUGUGGUUUCAGUUGCAUUCUCAGUCCCUCCUCCACAUCUCACAGCGGCUGUUCAGAAUUGUCAUCGGGCCAGAGCGAGACAGGGGACAAGGGACAAGGGAUGACGGAGGCUGCGGAUCAGUCUCGGGAGACGGCUCAAGCGGCCGUCGACUACCUUACUCGACUCGCCUAUCUCGGCCGGACUGGCGGACGAAAUGAGACAGAGAACGGCUACCAUCAUGGCAUGAGAUACACUCACUGGGACCUCCUCGACAUGGCAUUUCGCCGAAACGCGAAGAUUCUGGUAUUCUCGCGUUUCAAAUCGGUAAGCUGGUUUGAUCAAGGACGGCAUGCCUGCCGGGAUAUGACAGAGUCGGUGUACAUAGUGAUGGGGGAUGACGGUCACUCCAACUGCUGA